AUGAGCCCCGGGCUGCUGAUGCUGCUAGGCAGCGCCGUCCUGGUCGUCUUCGGCCUCUGCUGCACCUUCGUGCACCGCGCUCGCAGCCGCUACGAGCACAUCCCCGGGCCGCCGCGGCCCAGUUUCCUUCUAGGACACCUCCCCUACUUUUGGAAAAAGGAUGAGGUUUGUGGCCGCGUGCUCCAAGAUAUGUUUUUGGAUUGGGCUAAGAAGUACGGACCUGUCGUGCGGGUCAACGUCUUCCACAAAACGUCCGUCAUCGUCACGAGCCCCGAGUCGGUCAAGAAGUUCCUGAUGUCAACCAAGUACAACAAGGACUCCAAGAUGUACCACGCGAUCCAGACUGUGUUUGGUGAGAGGCUGUUUGGCCAAGGCUUGGUGUCCGAAUGUGACUAUGAACGCUGGCACAAACAGCGGAGGGUCAUGGACCUGGCCUUCAGCCGGAGCUCCUUGGUUAGCUUGAUGGAAACAUUCAAUGAGAAAGCAGAGCAGCUGGUGGAGAUUCUGGAAGCCAAGGCGGAUGGGCAGACUCCGGUGUCCAUGCAGGAUAUGCUGACCUGCACCACCAUGGACAUCCUGGCCAAGGCAGCUUUUGGGAUGGAGACCAGCAUGCUGCUGGGUGCCCAGAAGCCUCUGUCCCGGAAAGUGAAACUGAUCCUGGAGGGCAUCAGUGCAUCCCGAAACACUCUGGCAAAGUUUAUGCCGGGGAAGUGGAAGCAGCUUCGCGAGGUCCGGGAGAGCGUGCGUUUCCUGCGUCAGGUUGGCAAGGACUGGGUCCAGCGCCGCCGGGAGGCCCUGCAGAGGGGGGAGGACGUGCCUGCUGACAUCCUCACACAGAUUCUCAAAGCUGAAGAGGGGGCCCAGGACGACGAGAUUCUGCUGGACAACUUCGUCACCUUCUUCAUUGCCGGUCACGAGACCUCUGCCAAUCACCUGGCAUUCACGGUGAUGGAGCUGUCGCGCCAGCCGGAGAUCUUGGCGAGGCUGCAGGCCGAGGUGGACGAGGUCAUCGGUUCCAAGAGGCACCUUGACUGCGAGGACCUGGGGAGACUGCAGUACCUGUCCCAGGUCCUCAAAGAGUCGCUGAGGCUGUACCCGCCAGCUUGGGGCACCUUUCGUCUGCUGGAGGAGGAGACCUUGAUCGAUGGGGUCCGAGUCCCCGGCAACACCCCGCUCCUGUUCAGCACCUAUGUCAUGGGGCGGAUGGACACAUACUUUGAGGACCCGCUGACUUUCAACCCAGAUCGCUUCAGCCCCAAAGCACCCAAGCCGAAGUUCACCUACUUCCCAUUCUCCCUGGGACCCCGCUCCUGCAUUGGGCAGCAGUUUGCUCAGAUGGAGGUGAAGGUGGUCAUGGCCAAGCUGCUGCAGAGGCUGGAGUUCCGGCUGGUGCCCGGGCAGCGAUUCAGGCUGCUGGAGCAGGCCACGCUCAAGCCGCUGGACCCUGUGCUGUGCACCCUGCAGCCUCGGGGCUGGCAGCCCGCGCCCCCGCCCCCGCCCUGCUGA